UACUCAUUCAGCACAGUACUGAAACAAACUUGGUGCAUCUGUGAAAAUGUCAAGACGCAGUGGUCGUGUUACGCUACAAGAUAGAAACGAAAAUACCAUACAGCCGGUGAAGAUUACAAGAAAAAGGAAAUCGGAGCAAUGCAACAAAAAGAAAGCGCACCUGGCGAAGAAGAAGCAGAGUUAUGAAAUACAGAAUCGGUGGACACAAGGAGGUGUCAGCCCUUGCGUCCUUGUUGAAACUCCCCACAAGGAGCUCGAGACGGCUAGUGACCUGACCGGUUUCAAGCAGUAUAGGUUCAAAAAUCUCUUCAUCAAACCCUCACCAUUGCCCUGUCUCAGCUGGGCCAACUCGGACGAUGUGUGGAUUAAGAUGCUGAACAAAGAACUGAAGUAUGUCCAUGACAAGAGCUUCAUGCAGCGGCACCCAAAGCUGCAGCCGAAGAUGAGAUCUAUCCUCCUGGACUGGCUUCUAGAGGUGAGUGAGGUGUACACUCUUCACCGGGAGACGUUCUACCUGGCCCAGGACUUCUUCGACAGAUUCAUGCUGACGCAGGAGAAUGUUGGCAAAACCCGCCUGCAGCUUAUCGGCAUCACCUGCCUCUUCAUCGCAUCCAAGAUUGAGGAAAUUUACCCACCCAAACUUCAUGAGUUCGCUUAUGUAACAGAUGGAGCCUGUGAUGAAGAUGACAUUCUGGAAAUGGAGCUGAUCCUGCUGAAGGCUCUGAAUUGGGAACUCUGUCCAGAAACGGUCAUUUCAUGGCUGAAACUCUACAUCCAAAUGGCGUCUUUGAAGGAAAGCCCCAAUGUUCUCGAACCUCAGUUUUCUCAGGAUACAUAUAUACAGAUUACCCAGCUUUUAGAUUUAUGUAUACUUGACAUCAGUUCACUGGACUAUCAGUAUGGUGUACUGGCUGCUGCAGCUUUUUUCCACUUUACCUCUAUUGAAGUUGUACAGAAAGUAUCAGGUCUGACGUGGGACAGCAUUGUGAGCUGUGUGAACUGGAUGACCCCCUUUGUGAGGACCGUGAGCGAGUGUGAGGCCGUCCGACUGAAGGACUUUAAGAAAGUGGCUGUGGAGGACAGGCACAACAUCCAAACGCACGUGGACUACCUGACCAUGCUGAACGAUGCUCAACAGACGCAGCAGCAGAGCCUGGCCAGACUGUCGCCCAUGCCCCCGCCCACAGACGGGUUCCUGACCCCGCCCAGCAGCACAGAGAAGCCCUCGAACCACUGAAGCCGUGGCUCAGCUGCAGCGAGGCUCGGAACAGGCCCUGCCCCCACGAUUCCGCUCAAAACCCACCAAUGAGUGAUUGGAAAACGCAUUCUUGUUUUUAAAACAAAAACUGAAUUUUAUUAUGUAUUUUUGGUUUGAUUUAAAGGAAUUUACUUGCAUUCAGUACUUCAAGCCAUUCCAAGAGAUUCUUUUGAGAAUAUGCCUUUUGAUUUGAGCAUAAAGAAAUUGACGAGAUCAAUAUUAGCAAUUAGUCCUGCAUAAAUGGAAUAUUUCUCUCCAACUGCUUUGGGGAAUGUGGAUCCUCAAAGUCUUUUGUACAAAUUUUAAAAAUGUAUUUACUUGAAUUCAUAUACACACAUUGUAUUUGUGAAGAGAUUUGCGAAUUGUGCCAUUUAGACCAUAGAAACAAAAAUGUACAUAGUUGGGAAAGUACAUUUGGUUGUAUGUCUCUCCAAGUUAUUUAUACAAAGUAAUUGGUGCUGGCUGGAAGUUUGUAUAUCAGGCAUAAUUUAUACUGCUGUGUCAGUAUUUAUCGCAGUCAACAUUAAGUACCUUUAACGUCAGAGUCCUGUUUCACAAAGGCAGAUUACUAAGUUAGCUGGAUAACUGCACUGAGUAAAACCCGGAACCCUCCUCAAUCUUGAACAUGGACUGAAGUUAAAAGAACUGCUCCGGGUUUUACUCGGUGCAGUUUUUCAGCUAACUCGGUAACUCUGCUUUGUGAAAUACCCCCCUAGAGGCCUGAUAAAUCUGUACGGAAAUAAACAGUAUAGGUUUGAAACCUCCGCAUGCAGAUUUGCUAUAGAAGACCUGAAAUGGUAGGCAACUGGCUUUCUCAUCAUAGGCAAUUGCUUGAUGGUGUGCACACCUUAUUUUGUGUAUUCCUUAUUCUCACAAAAUGGCCACUGAUGCAAUACCACUGCAUUUUCUACUAUUAAAUAGCAUUCCUGGAAGACUUGACUUUUUUUCCUGACUUUGAGGUAAAAAGUCAGUGAAGCUAAGCUUGUGCAGAAUUAUUACGUCAGCUAUUUAUGCGACUGCUUUUGUAUGUCUCUUCCCUACG